AUGAGAAGAACACCUAUAUACAAGAGACUUAGACAUGACGAAUCAUCAAUUAGAUUAAACUAAAUUAAAAUUCAAAGAAGGGCUAUAAAAAGACAUAGCCACAGUUUAAGCGAAGCUAGCUUAAUUGUUUCAAGCAAUGAAAAACGUCAAUCUGAUUGCACAAGAAAAAAAUUGUCAACUAACUUAACCUAUUAAACUCUGAAGCUUUUUGAUUACUCUGAAAAAUCUCAAGACCCAACUGAUCCUGUAAAGACAUUUGACCUUAAAUUUGUUGGAAUUGGGGGUAAAUCUGGUCAAAGAAAGAUUUGGCAGAAGAGUUUACUUAGUCAAAUCAAGCAGAAAAAUCCUGACGGAAUAAAGUUAGCCAUCGGAAUUACUAUGUACAAUGAGAGUUGGUCAUUAUUCCAAAGGACUAUCUUAGGAGUAUUCCAAGGUUUAUUAGAAAUCUAUCUUGAUAUGGUUAAGAUAAACACCAAUAUAAGCUGGGAAGAAUUCAAAAAUCGAGUCAUCAUUGUGCUAGUAGCUGAUGGCUAUAUAAACUUGAGUUAAGAUUUCAAAGAUAAAGCUACUGAAUUAGGUAUUUUUGAUGCCUCAGCUAUAGCACCAUUUAUUAAAAAGGAAGAUAAAUAGGUGUUGAAAGAAGAACCAAUGACACUCUUUGACAUUAAAUAGAAUAAUGUAGCAAGCAUUAAGUUAGAGUACGAGGAUGAUAGGUAUAAACACAAUACCCCAAUCCUUAAUUUGAUUCACUGCUUUCAAUCUUGCAUUCCUCUUAAAUUGUUUGCUUCGAAACUCGAUGUAGAUCUGGAAAAUUUUAUGCUGAAUACUGUUAAUUUCGUGUUUGCCAUUAAGCAAUUCAACAAUCUAAAAAUUGAUUCUCAUCUAUAUUUUUACAGAGGUUUCUGUGAAUUUCUAAAUCCUGAUUAAGUAUUCUUACUUGAUAUUGGUACCUAAGCACUUUCAGGGUCUAUUAGUAAGUUGGUAAGACUUCUUGACUAUGGGAAAAACAUUGGAGGUGCAUGUGGUGAGAUUGAAGUUGAAAUGCCUUAAUUCUCUGUAUUAUCCUGUGUCUAAUUUUUUGAAUACAAAAUUUCUCAUUUCUUAGACAAAUCAUUUGAGGGGUGCUUUGGCUACCAAAGUGUACUUCCUGGUGCAUUUUCAAUCUUCAGAUGGGAAGCUAUUAAGGGCAAGCCUCUUGAAUCCUUUUUCAAAGGAUUAGAUAAGUAAAGGCUAGGCUUGAGUGAGCUAAAUAUGUUUCUUGCUGAGGAUAGAAUUAUGUGCUUUGAAAUUGUAGCUUAGAACAAUAUCUAAGGAAAAGAAGCAAAGUAUGACCUUAUCUACUUGCCAGAAGCUGUGGCACUAACAGACCCACCUGAAUUAUUUUCUAUACUGAUUGCUCAGAGAAGAAGAUGGAUUAAUGGUGCAAAUGCAACUUUCCUUCAUAUGUUUGCAAAUUAUGGGAAGUUUAGUAACUCAUCCCACAGUAGAUGUAGAAAAUUAUUGUUUCUCUUAAACUUUGUAUUAAUGGCUCUUCAAAAUUUAUUUGGCUUUAUAGCUUCUGGAUUAUUUUAUGGUUAAGUCUCAUCACUUUUAAGAUAUACCUUUGAUUCUAGCAAUGGAUUAGAUCCUUUUAGAUUUUCAAAUAUGAUUGAAAAUAUUUUACUCAUAAUGUUUUAAUUAGUUGUUAUUAUAUCUUUUGGUAUGGGUAAGCACAUUAAUGAGAAAAUAAUAGCUAUCAUUUUAAAAAUAAUAAGUUGUUUUUUCUUUCUAACUUAUGGAUUUGUGAUAAUAAGUGGCUUGAGAGAAUUUUUCUAAGCUGAAAUGAGCAUUUUGCUAGGAAUUAUUUUUAUUCUUACAUUUGUCUUGCCAAUGCUAAUAUUUGAUGGCAUAAAGUUUUGUAAAAAUUUUCCACUUUACUUCGGAUCACUUUUGCUAUAUCUAACUAUGAUACCAGUUUAUCUGAUUAUAUUUUAAAUAUAUUCUUAUUCAAACCUUCAUGAUGUUUCAUGGGGGAAUAGAAGUGCCAGUAAGGAUAAGGACUUAAUGAAGUAUCAGAGCUAAGUUUAGAAUAAAGACAAAUAAGGAAAGAGUGAUUUUGAGAAGAAAAAGGAAUAUAAAAGAUCCAGAUUAAUUACGUUUGCCAUUUGGAUGCUAUCUAAUAUUUUAGCUGGAUAUAUUUUGAUUUAUUUCAAUAGAAGUGGAAAAGAAAGCUCCCUAUUUAUUAUUGCCUACUUUCUGAUUAGCUAUUAAGGCAUCAAGGUUUUGGGGAUGCUUUAUUAUAGGUUUACAAUCUACAAACUUAAUAAAUUGAUUGAAAAGGAUUAAAGUUAACUCAAACCAAGAUAGUAUUAACAAGAAGAUGUAUGA